CUCAGCAGACGGCAGGAAAGAAUGGGAGAUUGGAGUUUCUUGCAGAACCUGCUGGAAAGUGCUCAGCAGCACUCCACUGUGGUAGGGAAGGUGUGGUUAACGUGUCUCUUCAUCUUCCGCAUUCUGGUGCUAGGGACAGCCACCGAUAAAGUCUGGGGAGAUGAGCAGUCCUUCUUCACAUGUGACACCAAACAGCCCGGCUGUCAGAAUGUCUGCUACGACAGGAUCUUCCCCAUCUCCCACAUCCGCUUCUGGGUGCUGCAGAUCAUCUUCGUGUCCACCCCGACCCUCGUCUACCUGGGCCAUAUCUUCUAUCUGGUGCAAAUGGAGGAGAAACGGAAGCAGAAGGAAAAAGAGAAGCUGAGCAGAUACCUAGGUGGAGACAAGGAGGCAUUGACACAGAAUGCAGGGAAUAUUAAAUGUCCCUUGCUGGAUGAACAUGGCAAAAUUAGAAUGCAAGGAGCUCUUCUUCGUACAUAUUUGUUCAACAUUAUUUUCAAAACCAUUUUUGAAAUUGGCUUUAUAUUAGCCCAAUAUUAUCUCUAUGGCUUUGAGCUGAAACCUCUCUACAAGUGUAACUACCAACCUUGUACUAACCCCGUUGACUGUUAUAUCUCCCGUCCAACCGAAAAGACAAUUUUCAUCUUAUUCAUGCUGGCCAUGGCUUGCCUUUCACUACUAUUGAACCUAAUUGAAGUAUGUCAUCUGGGAGUGAAAAAAUUUAGAGAUAGGGUCAAGGAAAAUCAUGAAUCGAAGGCCUGUAAGCAAAAUGGGGUGCUCUCGCUUGAGGGAAUGUGGCCCUCUGCCCCUAGUUACCAACACUUUUCCAACCAUGGUGGACCACAGCUGUACAAGAUGGAGUCAGGGUUCAGUGUCUCUCCCUUGACAGAAACAAACUCUGUGACCCAGCCUUACAAUGGCAAUAGGGCAACAAAGCAAAACCAAGACAACUUUUCUAUGAUGGAUGACAAACAGGAGAGUCAGGAGGAGACAAGCGCGCUCCCCAGUAGCCAAGUUUCUGUGACCAACAAACGGAAGAAUAGUAACACGAGCAAGCAGAGUAAUCGGACCAGAUCCAGUGAUCUAGAAAUCUGAGUUUCUGACUGCUUACACGAUGAGCCACUGACUAAAGAAAUCAUUCCACUUGAAUUUCAAAAGAGAAACUCCCCCCAAAAACUGAAUCCAGCCACCAAUGGGAAAAUUGUCAAAGUGUUUAAUUGACCAACAUGA